AUGGCGCAAAAACGCUCGUGGAAAGCCCCAGUGGAGCGUAUGAUCCUUUCACCGGGUGCGCUACACGGGGAGAAGCCGCAGCAGGACCAGCAGCAACAGCAACAGCCGAGGGCGAUGCGCGGAAGCUCAGUUGCACGCCAUGCAGGAUCACUUCUGCCGGCAUGGGGGACUCUGCUGCUGCUACAGCUGUUGCUGCUUCUGCAAGCAGCAGGCGGGGGUGCAGCGGCGCUGUCCUUUUCCCCGUGCCCCCAGCAAGAGCCAAAGCCGCAGCAGCAGCCGCACCAGCGACUGCAGCAGCAUCACGUGGUACACCCAAGGCGGUUUGCCUUUGUAUCUCACAGACUGCCGCAUGACCGCGUUUCGGGGCCCCUUGAUGCAGCUCUUUCACUUCGGAAGCAGUGGCCGAUCCACUUUGUUGAGAAAGCCUUAAGAAGCAGCCACACCCAGAAAAGGCCAGUGACAGGGGUUCUCCAUAUCCCGCGAAGUUCUCUGAUGAGGGCCCCCCAAGCGGCUCUGAGCGGGUUGAGGGGCGCCUUGUUUGGGAGAAAGAGAAUCAAAAUACACAGCGAAGAACAAAUGGACAAAGCCCUCGCAAGAGGGGUGCCGCUCGCAUCGAUGGAAGUGUGCGGCGACCUUCACUGCCAUCGUCCCCCCUUCAAUCCGGUGCUGCUGCUGCGCCUGGAACACUUGCUGCAGCAGUUAUUGAGUAGCAACGGCGGCAGCAGUGUCCGAAGCAGUAACGCUGCGCUUUCUGAAUUAACUCGUUGGCUCUGCGGACGCAGUGAAGACCCAGGAGCCUUCAAAAAGGGAGGCUUGUUGCUGCUGCAGCAGUGCAGCACUUUGCUGCGGCAGCAUGUACACCCCGUGGCACUGCUGCUGUACCGACGCCGCCUAUUUGGGGGUGGACCGUUCGAGGGGGUUCCUUCCUGUGGGCCCACUGCCGGGGGCCCUCGCCUGUGGAGUGUGCAGGGUGUUGGGGGUCGCCCUGGGAUCUCCCGGCCCUCUUCACAAGGAACAGAGAGCCCAGUGAAGAGCCCUAGGGACGGGAAAGUGCUGGCUUUGGCAAUAGAGGGGGGGGCGAUGCGUGCGUGCGUGUGUGCGGGAAUGGCGGUGGGCCUGCAGCAUCUGGGCUUCACGGACAGCAUUGACGCGGUGUACGGGAGCAGCGCAGGGGCUUUGAUUGGUGCGUUCGUGGUGUCUCGACAACUCGCUUACGAAGGCAGUGCAGUCUACACUGACUGGCUACCAUUCUUAGGGCGUCGUUUCAUCGACACACGCCGAAUCGGCCGCGCACUCGGUCUGGGCUGUCUGCUGGAUGGCGACCUUCGCGACUUUCUCAGCAGCCGCUUGGGCCGACCGCUCGUCAACCUGGAUGCGCUCCUCGUGGAGGUUCUGCAGAAGAGACAGCCCUUCAACUGGUGGCAGUUUGAAAGGAAUGACAAGAAACAGCCCCUCAAAGUGAUAGCCUCCGGGCUGCUGAGCUUAAAGUCUGUGACUCUAGACAGCUCUGGUGGAAACAUAAAGGACAUGGCCUCGCUGUCGGAGUGCCUGCGUGCGUCGAUGUUGCUGCCGGGCUUGACUGGACCUGUAGUCCACCUGCCCUUGUGGGAUCCUCCUCCAGGGGGCCCCACCCGUAGGCCGCUGGGGGACUUCCUGCCGAUGGUAGCGUCCUCAUCUCUGCCCCGUUUCGCUGCGGAGGCCCCCAAGGCCUUUGUGACGGAGCCUCUGGCCGACGCACUGCUCUUUGAGGCUGUGCCCUACCGAAGUGCCAUCGCGCAAGGGGCCUCUCAUGUCCUGGUCCUCCGCAGCCGCCCCGAUAAGGCACCCGUUACGCGUCUAAGAGGAAUAGAGGCGGCAGUGAGUCGACAGACAGGCUGUUGA